CUGGGAAGCCUUAUUUCAAAUAUGAAUAUAGCAAUGGCACAAAGGGCAGUACUCAAAACAUGAUAGACGUUAUAACAGGAGACUCGUUUUCAGUGCAUUGUCGUGCAACAGGAAAUCCACAACCUACAAUUAAGUGGGACAGUAAUGAGGGCAACGAUAUUUUAAAGAUACCUUCAAUUACUUACGACACUAGAAAAACAUGCCAUGCAAUGUACACAAUGGAGGAAACAGUCGGUGAACGUCGAACAGGAUCGACAUCUGCGUCAUUUUUCAUCAGGGUUCUUUAUCCGCCACAUAUUCCAAAGUUCACAAUUUCGAACGGAACGAGACAAGUUAACGUCACAACAGCGACUAUACAACUGAAAAAAACAGACAACAUCAAUAUUACCUGUUUUUUCUGAUGGAAAACCUGUUCCAAAAUACACCUGGACUAGCCAAAAUGAUCAAAUACAUGAAAAUAUACGGCAAUUUGCUAAUAUUAUUCGAGAGGAUGCCGGGAAGUACACGUGUAAUGCGAGUAACGUGAUGGAACGCAGUUUUGGUGACACUGAACAUGGGUUAAACUUUUCCAGCAUAUCUCUCGACAUAUUGUAUCCAUCAACCAUUUCAUUACUAGAAGACAUAAGUAUUCUCGAAGGUUCAGACCUAAAUGAAACAUGUCGAGUUCAAAAGGGAAACCCAACUACAGAAAGUGUGUCAUGGACUAGAAUAAGUGAUGGCAACACUUGGAAGAAUAGCGUACUGAUUAUAACUAAUGUUUCUAGAGCAGACGAUACACAUUAUACAUGCACUUUACGAAGUACAAUCAUCCCAACAAUUGGUGACGAAACAUUGAUAAUAAGAAGCAAAACAAUACAUCUAAAUGUUUUUUUUUCUUCAGAAAUCAAACAUUUUACUGUUGUAAAAAACAAGUCAAGUGGAACGUUUAUUGUAAACCAAAGAGAUGAAGUUUCAUUAGAAUGUACAGCAGAAGCUAACCCAGCCUCGGAUUUAUCUAUAUACAAUACACGUGACAGUAUGAUAUUGACAGUAAAAAACAGAAAUGUGCUUCUUUACAGCAUAAAUAAUGCUUCGUUCGAAAACGCAGGCAAAUAUAAAUGUGAAGGCAGAAACAUUUACACAAAAGAUAAACCAUCAGUAUCAGAACUGACAAUGAUUGUCAAAUGUUCACCACGACCGACACUUGAAAGCAUAUUCCCCAAUAAGAUCGCAGCUGCUCAAUAUACAAACAAGACUUUGAAUUUUGUUGCCUAUGAAUACUUGGAUGAAGAAAAUAAAACAGAAUUUAUGUGGCUUCACAAAAACAUUUCAAUCGACAGAAAUGAUAAAAAAUUUGAAAUAACUUCAAUUGGAUUGAAUUCUAGCCUUUCUGUUAAAAACAUUACACAAAGGGAAUUUGGAGAAUAUAGCGUCAAAGUUUCAAACACAAUAGGAGAGUAUAUCCAUCACUUUAUGUUGCAAGCAGAAGAUAAGCCAGAUAUACCUAUUAAUUUAACGUACAAAUCGGGGUCAAUCACUGAAUCAUCAGUAAUAUUGGUUUGGUCACCAGGUUUUGAUGGUGGCUUUCCACAAACAUUCAAUUUAUUAUAUCAUAUCAGUCAGGAAGAACAGUGGCAUAGUGUUCAAGUUCCGGAUACAAAUGAACAGACAAUAAGCUAUACAUUAACUGGCUUGUUGAGUUCUAAAACGUAUAAUAUAAGAAUGUUUGCAAUGAAUAAAAAGGGGAACUCUUCCAAUACAAAAACUUUACAGUUAGCAACAAACGCAAGCGCAUCCGACCUACAGACAGUUGUAUAUAAAACAAGUACAGGAACGUUUGUCGGUGUCGGGGUGGGUACAUUUGCAGGAACAAUAGCGAUUGUUACUAUUUUCCUGUUCUUUUAUAGGCGCGGAAGGAAGAACAAACAUUAUGCCGGUAAACAAGAUACAGGAGGAACAGUUUACAAUUCUCAUUCACCGUACGAAGAUUUGGAUUCAACUAAAAAGGACGGAAAUGUUUAUGAUCAAGUAGUGACAACAAAUCUCUAUGCUCAAAGAAAUUCUACAAUUAUACAAGAACUUUCUACUUUACCGGAUUAUAACAAUAGCAUAGACAAAGAAAGUGAAACUUCUGUUUACAUCAAUAUGAAAAUUUAAAAAACACAACUAAAAGGGGCUUCACUGAGAUUUUAUAACUUGACGCGACUGAAUGUAUUCUUUUCGAAAUUAGAGUUCCGUUUGAUGCAGGUCUAGACAAAAAACUUGUGUGCAAAAUGUCUGAUCAUUCGCUCACUAUUUUUUUCAAAUAUGAUUAUUCCUAUUGUGAAAAAUAAUCCAAAAAUGAAAAGCGUUGCAACUAUAUUUGAAUAUAUGUUGCAUACAUUUAUGUUUUAAGUGCCCCAGUUAAUCUAUGUGAGAAAUUGAAAAUAAAUGAUUUUAGUUUGCUUUUUUUGACCUUGGUGGAGUUUCUUUAAUUCGUGUGAUAUACAUUUUAAUGUAUUCAGCAAUAUACAAAAAAGAAAUUAUUAUAUUAAUAUGUUUAAAUUUUUAACAUACGUGUUGUAAGUACUUUCUGUUCAUUGAGAUUUCUGGUUGACACUUAACCAAUUGGUAUUGAAAGUAUUCGAAAAUAUUGUUCUUUAUUUUCGUUUGUAAUAUUAAUUAUUCUCAUUGGCAUUUAAAUUUGUACCUUAACUCUAACAGUGCUAAAGUAAAAUUAAUGCUUAAAUGGUAAAUAUGAGCAAUGAUAUUUUUGAUACUUUCAAAUAUUUUACUAUGUGACAGUUAACAUAAUAUUGCUUUAGUUCAAAAAUGAAUACUAGACAGGCUACUUUACAGUCAACGGAUGUGUUUUCUUGCUAUAUAAUGGCUGCGUCACACUACAUUCCAAUUUGGUUUAAGAUGGUAUAAUUGUGUCUUAACCAACAGUCAUUGCCAAAGAGUUAAAGGUCCGCGGCCGGUGACACUCCAAUAUUUAACGACAAAAAAGAAAAGACAAAAUCACAUAAUCACACAUUUAUAAUUUGAUGACCUUCAAUACUAUCGCUUCGUGUUUAAAACAUGUAUGUUUACACAAAACAUCUUAAUAAGGAAGUUAUAGAGUUAUACAUUUAUACAUACUAUACGAUUUUAUCAACAAAGAUACCUUUAUAAGUAAGUAGCUUUUUUGAUAUAUUCAUAAUUGUCCUACACCAAUUCAAACAACUAAAAUAUAUAAAUAAAGUUGCAA